GCAAAGCAAAAAGCAAAGUGAAAAGCAAAACAAAAAGCAAAGUAAAAAGCAAAGCAAAAGCAAGACAACAAGCAAAGCAAAAAGCAAAACAAGCAAAAAACAAAGCAAAAACAAAGCAAAAAGCAAAGCCAAAAGUGAAGCUAAAAACAAAGCAAAAAGCAAAGCAAAGAG